AUGGCUCCAGUUCCAAGUGCUAUGAUUGCUCCUAUGGCUGAACGUGCUGCUACUAGAAUUCCUGGUUAUGCUAAAUUAGCUAAAGCAACAGGAGAUCUAGUAACAAAUGGUGUAAUUGGUGAUGCAAUACAGCAGGGUGAAGAAGGUCAUUAUACCGGACCUAAGGAUCAAGAUAAAAUGCCUGGAGCUAUAGAAGUAAUAACUAAAUCCGCUAUGGCUGGUGCUCUUGCUGGUAGUGCCGUAGGUUCAUUACUUAAAGACUCUACUGCAAUAGAAGGUGCAAUAGAAGGUGGAAAAUGGGGAACUGUAGGAGUAGAGUCUUUAAGUAAUGAACCUACGGCACUACCAGCAAGAGCACCAGCCAUAGCGGAUUUAGUUAUUACUUCUAUAGCUCCAGGCAUUUUAUCUUGA